ACUGCCGAAAUUCCGAAACACACGCAUGCCAACACUGAACGACACCCAAAUUGAAAAUGGAAAAGCAUCGCUUGCCGCUCCCCGAAUUGCAUGACGAUAAACACCGACAUAAACAGUGCAAUGGGGAGAACAGCAACCGCUUCCGGCCACCCAAGCACAAGGCGCGCGGGAGCUACGUCGCCGCGGAGAACAACAAUCUUAACAGAAGCCAGUCGCUAGGGUCCUGCAGUGCGAACAGUUCCCAGAUCGCCCACGCGAUUUCCUUCCGGGGCAUAACAGAAAGGGGUUCCUUGGGAUUGGAGUGUCCGGAUGCAAGCAUGCUGCCAUCCUCGCCAGGAUCCAUGGAAGUGAGCGACCGAAGCCACUUCGAGCAGUGCUUCGAACGCCUGGCCAAGCUGGGCGAGGGGUCCUUCGGCGAGGUAUUCCAAGUGCGGGAUCGGUCCGACGGUCGCCUGUACGCAGUAAAGAUUUCAAAACAGCUCUUCCGAGGCGAACAGUACAGAGCCGAGCGGCUGGAAGAAGUCCGGAGGUACGAGGAGUUCUCCGGACACGAGAACUGCAUUCGUUUCAUCCGCGCCUGGGAGCAGUAUGACAGGCUGUACAUGCAGAUGGAGCUCUGCCGCGAGAGCUUGGAGCAGUAUCUUUUACGGUGCCGGCGCGUGCCCGAGGAGCGUAUCUGGCAAAUCUUGCUAGACCUUCUGCGGGGUCUGAAGUCACUGCACGACAGGAAUCUCAUCCACUUGGACAUCAAGCUGGACAAUGUGCUGAUCAGCGAGGACGACGAGACAUGCAAGCUGGCGGACUUUGGGCUAGUCAUAGAUGUGGACAAGGCGAACAACCAUCACGCCACCGAGGGCGACUCCAGGUACAUGGCGCCGGAAAUCCUGCAGGGCCACUUUUCCAAGGCAGCCGACAUUUUCAGUUUGGGAAUAGCCAUGCUGGAGCUGGCCUGCUACAUGGAUCUUCCCGCCAACGGUCCUUUAUGGCACGAGCUACGGCAAGGCCUCCUACCCGAAGAGUUCAUAAAUAAAAUCUCAGUAGAACUCCAGGCAGUCAUAAAGUCUAUGAUGAAUCCAAAUCCAACGCAAAGGCCAACAGCAGAGCAGCUACUCUCACAUCCCAAGCUGCUGAAGAUGCAGCAGAAGCGCCAGUCGCUAAUUUCCUUCAAUCAUUUAUCGCGGAGCUUCCGACGCUCCCGUCGCGCCGUCUGGGGAAGAAUGUGCAAUUGGAAAUCGGCCGCUUUUCGUUAUAUCUUCUACUUCCUGGAGAUUCUGCAUCUGUAUAAGCCCAUCACACCGCCCACACCUUCCAUUAAGAUAGCCCCCUCCUCACCAUCGUCUGCUAAUAUGCCUACUGCACCGCGUGUCGAGUUCCAGCUGGUGGGAUCCACGCCCAUUGCCAACCGCGACUGCUAUGCCUCAGAUUUCCUCUCUGGCGACGAUGCCCUUGAGCUGUCUCAGCAUGGUACACCUGUUAUGAACGUCACGCCACUGAAUCACAAUCAAGGAAAAUCCCGACUGGACUUAAUGAAAAUGAAUAUGGAUUCCCUGGGUAGAAGCGUGCAGGUGAACGAUUUUGAGAGUCCCUGCUCGGGGCUGUCGUCACCAAAAGUCUUGGACACAUCUUCAUUCCGACGUAAGAAACUAUUCGUGCUGGACUUCGACGACGAGUGAACAUGAAACGCAAUGAAUUUAUCAUAUAAAUAGUAUAUCAGUUAUGCAACAAACACCAGAUACAUAUUGCAACCGAAUAUAUCGUUAAAUAUAUUUAGUUUAGUGCUAGACAGUAGUAUUUUACGAAGUUCCCUAGAUUUAGUCCCACAAUUGUGUAAUGUUAAUGUUUCUUUAGAAGAACUUGUUGAACUUGAACAUAUAAUCAUGUGAUAUAUAUACGAAUUGCGAUUUGAAAAGUUUAAAAAUAAAACAGGUAAUUGAAAGUUAA